AUGUAUGCGCGUCUAGGACCUCAAACAUCUCACAAAAACAGGCCUCACGCCACCGUAUUGCCAGAGGUACGCUCCGAGCCCUCGAGCUCGCCUACUUUACAGGGAUAUACCGCCCGCCCCCCAGUGGGGCGGAGUGGUAAAAAUCCCUUGCACACAGCCGCUCCAGGCUUUAUAAGCAGGCGUCUGGAUGACAUACUCUCCACGCCUUUCAGCUCGCGUAUUAUUAGAUAUGAGCCCCCUCGAGGGUUCAUCGUCCCGAAAUUCUCCACAUAUGACGGGUCUAACGAUCCCUUUGAUCACGUAAUGCAUUAUUGCCAACUCAUGACCCUUGACAUAGGGAACGAUAUGCUAUUGUGCAAGGUUUUCCCAGCCAGCCUACAAGGCCAGGCUCUAUCGUGGUUUCACCGACUGCCCGUGAACUCGAUUGACAAUUUUCGGGAUUUGUCCAAGGUCUUCGUGGGGCAAUAUUUAUGCUCAGCCAGACAUAAGCAGAAUAUCAGCACCUUGCAGAAUCUCAAAAUGCAAGAAAACGAAACUUUGAGAGAGUUCGUGAAGCGCUUCGGACAAGCUGUCCUUCAAGUCGAAUCAUACAGCAUGGAUGCAAUUCUUCAAAUUUUUAAGCGGAGCAUAAGCUCAGGAACCACCUUCUUCGAGUCUCUCGCCAAAAAGCCUCCUACAACCAUGGACGAAUUAUUCCGACGAGCAAGUAAAUACUCCAUGCUAGAAGAUGACAUCCACGCCACUACACAGCAGGUCCUGGUAACUGGCCAGACUGCUAAAAGUGAAGUCACCAAAAACUUCAAAGCGCCCAACCAUCCUGGGUCAUCCAGCAGGGGGCAAGAGGAGCGGCGCCCAUCAUCCGUUCGAACACCUCUCACCAUAUCGUAUGAGAAACUGCUUCCUAUAAUCCGCAAUCUACCUGGAUUCAAAUGGCUAGUACCAAUAAGAUCGAACCCCUCAGAAAGGGAUCGUAACAAAAGAUGCGAUUAUCAUAAAGAUCAUGGGCACACAACUAAAAUGUGCAUAAGCCUCCGUUGCAUGGUAGAGGAUCUCUUAAAGGCAGGACACUUGAAGCAGUACAUCCGAACAGCGCCUAAAGGUGAACAAUCUUCCCAUAGUCGAGGCCCACACACCCCAGCAGCUCCUAUUAGAGCAAUGAUCAACUAUAUAUAUGGAGGACUCUUGGAUGACGAGUACAAUUCCAAAAGGAAAAGGCAAAGACUGCUGCGAGCAGCUACAGUUCUAGAACACGUGAAUUCCAUCCGGUCGGGAUUAGCCAACGGGAGCAUCCAUCCCAUAGAUGGAACCAUUGUUUUCCCCGCUCUAGAUUCAGCCCGAGUGUUGCAACCACACCAAGACGCUAUCAUCCUAGCAAUAGGGGUGGGAAACUACGACGUAAAAAGAACCUUGAUCGACCCAGGCAGCUUCGCGGACCUAUUACAGGUGGCGGUCAUCAAGCGAAUGGGUUUUGAACCCUCUAGCCUGGAAAAUCCCGGAAGGACCCUGUCCGGGUUCAAUGGCUCAUCCACAACCUCACUUGGGGAUAUAAUACUGCCGAUUUAUGCCGGGCCUGUUAUCCUAAACAUUCUAUUUUCUGUGGUUGAGGAUUUAUCCCAUUUUAAUGCCAUAUUGGGACGUACAUGGUUACAUGGAAUGAAAGCCAUUCCGUCCACAUAUUAUCAUCAACGGGUCAGCUUCAUCACCCAAGAUGGGCAAAUUAACCUUUACAGAAGCCAGCUUGCCGCUCGACAAUGUUAUCAAAUCGCUCGUGAGGCUGGACCCAGUACCAACUGCGAGCAUCCCUCCAAAGAAGCGAGUACUUCCGACCAAUAG